CAAACAAUCCUGAUCUCUCCUCUCCCCGCACUCUCUCUCCUCGAACACAUACACCAUACAUGCUCGCUCUUCUUCUUCGCUUCGUCCCCUGUGAUCCCUCUCUCCCCCAUCUCUAGGGUUUUAGCACCCCAUACCCCCAUCGCCAUUUUCGAUCGGAUCUCUCCCCUCCCACCCGCCGCAAAAGCAGAUCCCGCCGCGAGCCACCCAAGCCUCCGGCGCGGCCACCUUCGUCUGAGAGGUCUCCGCCGAAAACCUCGCACAAAUCCCCUCUUUUUUCGUCCAUUUGUUGCGAAGAUUGGAUUUUUCCCGUUCUUUCUUGCGUUUCAUUCCUCCGGUACCAGGAAAUUUCACCGCUUUCUUGAGAUCUCGCGUUGCUCGAUCUCAUCUUGCUUCGUCUCGCGAGAAGAAUGGCAGUUUUGUGUGAGUGUUCGUGGGGGAAGAUCCUCAGAGUUGAGAUUCUCGCGUCCAUUUGCUCGCUUCAAUAACUUUCGGGAGCAUCUGAUCUCGAAUAGUGAAGGAAAGUUGCCACCUCUGUGCCGUUUCUUGCAACUAGGCUUGGCCCGUGCGUAUUGGUGGGCAGCGGUGAGCUCUGCGGCGCUGCCCAUUCCAUGAAUGGACGGGAGGGAGUCCACGGUUGCAUCGGGGCCGAACUUCUCCUCGUUCUACGCGCAGCACCGGGGCAUCGGGGGUCCGGGUGUCGCCGGCCACUCGGCGGGGCUCCACAGCCCGCCGCCUGGCGGAUACCGGCAGCAUCUUGAUGCAGUCUCUGCGGGGUACGGAUUCCAGACCCCGCAAGUUGGGGGUCCCCACAUUGGGCAGGGGUACCACCAUGUUGAGGCCUCACCCCCUGUGGCGCAGCACAGCGCUGGUGGUGGCGCCGGCGCCGGUGGUAGUAUGGACAUCGGCAUGGGCGUGGCCGUGGGUGCUGAUGCUAAAGGGGAUCAGGGGAGUGGAGCUGGCCAGGAUGAGCAUGUGAAGAAGAAGCGGGGUAGGCCAAGGAAGUAUAAGCCUGAUGGGGCGGUGACGCUUGGGCUCUCGCCCUCUUCAUCGUCAACACCUCACUCGUCGAGCUCGGGGAUGGCCAUGGUCACCACACCAGGUUCAGGAUUUGGGUCUGGGGGUUCAGGGUCUGGUGCCCCAUCAGAGAAACGUGGCAGAGGGCGACCACCUGGGUCUGGGAAGAUGCAGCAGCUGGCUUCGCUUGGAAAGUGGUUUCUUGGCUCUGUUGGAACAGGUUUCACUCCUCAUGUGAUUAUUAUUUCACCAGGAGAGGACAUUGCUGCCAGGAUAAUGGCGUUCUCGCAACAAGGCCCAAGAGCAGUGUGCAUCAUUUCAGCAACUGGGGCUGUUUCUACAGCAACCCUUCAUCAGGAUUCGGAAUCUGGUGGCGUGGUUACAUAUGAGGGUCGAUUUGAAAUCCUGUGCCUUUCUGGGUCAUACUUGGUGCUAGAUGAUGGCGGCAUUCGAACCCGAAGCGGAGGCCUUUGCAUUGCUUUGUGUGGUCCUGACCACAGGGUUAUCGGUGGCAGUGUAGGUGGAGUCCUGAGAGCAGCUGGAACAGUUCAGGUGAUAGUGGGGAGCUUCAUGUAUGGUGGUUCAAAGAAAAAUAAAGCGAAAGCGGAGGCAGAGGCAGACACCGGACAUGAAGAACCGAAUGCAGGUGAGGAAGAGGCCCCUGCAAUGGCACUGCCUGAGCACAACAUGCCACCUCAUCCGAUGAGUGGGUGGGCACCCAGCAUGAUGAGGCAGAUGGACUCGAGAUCUUCGAACAUAGAUAUCAACUCGAUCCGUGAGUAGUUUUCCGCCGGACAAACCGAUGGAAAGACCAGGCCAGGGUCUCGACUUGGAACAAAUCCUUCUUCCCACCUGACGACACAGCAUGUAUUAACUUGCUUGUAGAGUUGUUUGUGAUUGCUGUGUUGGUCAUGUUAGAAACUCUACGUAUCAUAUUGUGAUGAUGUACUUUGUUGUUGUACGAGAUAAUGAGAUGCUACCUAGCUACUCCUAUAUAUAUAGAAGAAGGAACCUGGGUAUUGAGUUCUCCGUA